GCAGGGAGACGACGGCGGGAGGGGAGGAGGAAGAGGCGGAGGCGGCGGCGGGAUACCCGGCUCCGGGAUGGUGCAGCGCGGCCCGCGGGGCCGGGGCGCGGAGGCUCGGCGGGAGCCCUGCGCCCCACUGCCCGCCCGUGACACCGAGCCCGCCUGGUGCAAGACGCCGAGCGGGCACAUCAAGCGGCCCAUGAACGCCUUCAUGGUGUGGUCCCAGCACGAGCGCCGCAAGAUCAUGGACCAGUGGCCCGACAUGCACAACGCCGAGAUCUCCAAGCGCCUGGGCCGGCGCUGGCAGCUCCUGCACGACUCCGAGAAGAUCCCCUUUGUCAGGGAGGCCGAGCGUCUGCGCCUCAAGCACAUGGCUGACUACCCCGACUACAAGUACCGGCCUCGGAAAAAGGGCAAGGUGGGCACCGGAGCAGCCCGCCCUCGGCUCCCAGUGAAGAUCAAGCCCUCCGUGUUGGGCCGUGUCUCUGCCAGCCGCAGGCAGCCCGCCAAGCUGCCCACCGGCCCCGACACCCCCCAGGAGCCCGCACCAGAGGUGCCCGCUGAGGACAGCCCUGUGGUGCCUGGCACGGCUGCCUGGCACCCGGCACCCGACGGCGAGCACAGCCCCCAGGAGCCCCCUGCACCCCUGAGCCCUACCACACCCUGCCCGGAGCCAGGGAGGUCCCCAGAGAGCGGGUCCCCCUCUCCCAUGUCGGCUGGGUCCCCUCCCUCUUCCUUCAGCUCCUCUGACGAAGAGCUGGAGGAGGAGCUGCUGGGGGUCAUGCCCGGGCGGGCGCCUGCCAGUGCCACCUGUGGUGCCCUGGACUGGUCCGUCUUCGACAAGGACCACGACCUCUACCCGCGGGGAGGCUCCUCGCACUUCGAGUUCCCGGACUAUUGCACGCCCGAGGUGACGGAGAUGAUAGCAGGGGACUGGCUCAUGUCCAGCAUCUCAGACUUGGUCUUUACCUACUGAGUCCCACGCUCUGCAGGAAUCAGGUAUUUUGCCUUGAAGCUGCUGGAAGGCAGAGCCCCUGCUCCCCCCACCCCCUGGCACACACCCAUUCUCCAUCCGUCUGUCUGUCCGGCUCUCGCCUCGUGCCCGCAGGACGCAUGGCCGCCUGCCGCGGUUAUUUGCCCGUGAAAUGCAUCUCAUCGGGUUUUCAUUAUCACACCCGGCCGCUUUCCCCCACGGCCCCGGCGCUGACAGCCGUGGCUGCUCCCGGCCGCUCCCAUCUGUGCCAGCACCGUGUGCCCUCCCGCUCUCCAGGAAGCAGGAGCAUCCACGCCACCCCAGCUCUCGGUGCCCACCCCACCUUCCCCAUCCCUUGGAGAAUGGCUGAUUCCGUUUGGUUUUUGACUGCAUUGAACGCAUGGCUUCAAUUCUCUGCUCUUCCUCUUUGCAGCCCUUGGGGAGGGAUGCCGAGCCAUGCCAAACUGUCCCUGCCCAACUCCCUGUUUUGUGAGGGGUCCCUGCUUUGGGGGUUCAGUGUCCCCCAGCAGUGUCUCCUUCCCCGUGGCGCGUGCUCCCCGCCACUCGCUUUGGGAAGAGUGAAGUUGCACACACGUGACGCGCACGUGGGCGCGGGAGGCUGUGUUGUUUCUCUCGCCAGGCAGUUGUGCAGGGAAAGCCAUGCCACGGAGGGAGCCAUCUGUCCAGAGUCACCCCAAAAUUGUACGGGGACCAGCCCUUCACUAAGCAGCCAGCCCUCAUUUUAACCUUGGAGCCUGUGCCCGUGCGGGACCUGCUGUGGGCUGGCUGACCUUGGCCGGUGGAGCUGGGUGUCACUGUGCCCAGCCGUGGCGUGUGGUGCUGCCGGGAUGGCAGGGAGCAGCAUGGAAGGGCAGGGUGGCAGCGAAGGGCAGCUGCGGGAAAUCUGCCUUAAGCAGCCACCCAAACUGGUCCAAGAGCAGCAGCAGCCAGUGCUGGUGGGUGUGUGGGGGUGUGGGUGAUGCUCUGGCGCAGGGCUCCUCCACACAGCACCACGCUGGGCUCCGCUGCCGACCACGCCAAGAGCAGGGACAUGCUGGCAGGGAAGAUGCUGCUGCAGCGGCUCCUCCAGCUGGGAUUUUCUUUGCUUUUCCUAAUGGCUCCUUCCUGCGACAGCCGCCUCCUCCCACUGCCGGGAGCACGUGGCUGCAGUGCUGGCUCGGCAGCUGCCGCAGGCUGUGGUUGGGGGGGCAGGGGCUGCACUCUGGUACAGCUGUGCCGGGUGGGGACCCCACACAUCCCCGGGGAAGUGGUCAUGGCUUGGGCUGGCAGCACCUGCAAGAGUUCUACUGGGCUCGGCAGCAACUGCUGCUUGAAGCAGCCCCUGCAGUCCCCCAUGACCCCGAUUCCCCAGGCCCCCUGGAUUUGCAGGGGCACCUCGGAUCCUUCCCUGCCAAGGGGGUGCUGGCUGCAGCAGAGCACCCGCUGCUUGGGGCUCUGCCUCCCUGUUUUGGGGCUGCCGGUCCCCCCAGUCACAGGCUACCCCGUGCCUGCCCCUUGCUGUCAGGCUGGACUGAGCCGUGACAUCCCCCCUCCCAUGUCCUGGCAUCCCCUGAGGGUGCCUCGGAGUAGGUGCCUGGCCCUGCUGCUGGAGCUGCUGGUGGCCCUGGCUCAGCCGUGGGGACAGGCACUGCAGCGCAGGGAGAGGCGUGUCCCUGGGCACUUUGCAGGGAUGCUUGAUGUCCCCCAGCCCAGUCCCUGGGGACCCCUCGAGGCCCCCCGCGAUGGUCAACCAUCAGCAGUGUAGAUGUGUCGGUGUGUAGCGGUAGCUGUGCGUGUGUGUUGGCAUUAGCCACGGUGUUUCGGUACCCCCGUGCGGGUGCCAGCCUGCGGAGCCAGGCGGGCAUCACGCAUCAGACACGUGUUCCCUGGAUAGAGCGCGUCCUCUUCUCUGCGUCCCCUCCCUCCCCGGCCGUCCCCCACCGGAUCCAGUCCCGCCCCCAAAGGUGGAAAAGCCAAAUAAGCGCCGGGCCGGCCGUGAUUCUGGCAGCCUGCUCCCGCCUCACCGCCGCCUCGGGGGGACUUUGCCUUCCCACCCCCUGGGCAGCCCCGCUCCAGGAGCAUCUGAAGCCGUCUCCCAUGUGUGAGCCGGGUUCGGGGUUCCCGUGGGGUCCGGCGGCCCCAGAGCUCUCUAACACACACGGAUCUCACCCAGCACCUCGGUGCCUUCUUGGGGUGCACAGCCACCCCAUGCUGUGGCCAGGGCUUCUCAGGGAGGGCGCUGAGGCUGACAGUCACCUGCCCUCCAUCCCUGUCCAUGGGGAAGCCAAAGCCCCCAGGUACCAGCAAGGCCUGAGGCCACACUGAGGGUCUCGCAUCUCACGUGUGCUUUGCUGACCCUGCAGCUCAGGGCUCAGCUUCCGUUCCUAGGGGGAACACGGGUCCCAGUGGUCCCUUACAUGCUGUGCAUCACCCUUGAGCCAGGGUGAUCCCUCCACAGACUGUCAGGCGAAAUAUUUCCUCAGGAGCAGGUUCUGGGUCAGUGCCAGAACCGGAGCCAGUGCCGGGGUCUCCUGCCCUGGCCGCAAGCACAACAUCAUCCGCUUUGUCCCCGUCCUCACCCCUGUCCCCCUCCUCGAGUCUCGCCGGGUGUGUUUGUCAGGGAGAACCGUCGUGGACAGUGGUGGAUUUUCUGUGCCGUGUGGUUGUAGUGCUUAGAGACCCCCCCAGCGUGCGGCCCCUCCCGCUGCGCCCCCGCUGCCCGGUGCUGGCUGGCAUGCGUGUGCGAGCGUGUGUGCGUGCGCGUGCGACAUCCCGUCAUCACUCCAGACAAAGCGAAUAAUAAUAAUAAUAGUAAUAAUAAAUAAUAAAAAUAAACCAAACCUCUCUCAGGAAGCAGCUGCCCUGGCGGCGGCCGAGUGGGCCGGGGGUCCCCGGAGCUGGCGGGGCCCCGACGCAGCCUGCGGACGGGCGCCAGCGCUCGGGGUCACCUUUGUAGUGUUGUGUUAGUGAAGGGUCCCUGUGUCUGUUAUCUUGGAGAAACAGGAUUUUAGCCGAGGGGCAGUGACGACCCCGUCUGGGUCCGUCUUGGGGGUGUGACAUGGCUGGCCCUUGCUCUGCAGAACCUCGGCUAACAAUGAUCCUGACUGUUGUGAUUAUGGAAUAAAGUGUGUUGGUCUGCUUCGCUUGGCUCUGGCUCCUUCUCUGCUGCCUCACUCCUCCCAGGGGAAUUUGGGGUACCCAGGGCUAUGUGAGGUCUCCAGGGAGAUGAGGGAUUCCCAGUAGCCAGCAUCCGGCUCCCAGGUAUAUCAGUUCCCACCCUGAGCCCCGGUUCCUAAGGGCUCUCCUGCAGCGGGGAGGUUCACCCUCAUCAGUCAGUGUGGGCUGGGCGUCCCCGGGAGCAGUGUGAGCAUGUGCAUGUGUGUGCACGUAUGUGCAGUGCGCAGGCAGCCCCUCGCCCCACCCGUGUGUGUGUGUGGGCAAUCCCGGCGCCGCCCCCGACUCCGUUCAGCCGGGGGAGGGGACCGAGGGUGAUCGGGGAGGGAAGUGGAGAGGGAGGGAACCGGGGGUGCUAAUCCAGACCCACGGGGGGGGGGCACGGGGUCACGCGCCACUCGCAUCACACCCAGACCCCCGCCCCCAGUCUCACCGCAGCUGUUGCCACGGCAACAAGAGGAGCCCAGAGCAUCCCCGGGUACUGCCAGCCCCUCCUGCUGCCCUGGCGCUGCUGGGGACCGGGCUGUCCCCGAGGGAGGGAGAAGUGCAGGGGUUGCCCGUGCCACGGUGACCCCCCCCAAGUCUGCAGGCUGCACCCCCGGGACAGCCCCCAGCACCGCCCGCGGCCUGGGCGGUACCACAGGGGCAGCAAUGUUCCAGUGUGGUGUCACUGCAGCCCCCGGCAAUGGGAUUGUCUCUGUGCAGGGGCACUGCUGGGAGCAGGGGGGCCCAUGGGGCAGCCACAGGCAGAGCUCACUGGCCAUCACCACUGCCCCCAUCACUUUGGCAAGGUCAGGGCCACACGGGGCUCUUGUCUACUGUCCAGCAUGGCCCACACAGGCACAUGCACACGCUGCCACUGGCCUGGUUGAGUCACAUGCAGCAGUGGCCUCUUGGCUACCCUAAAGAUGUCACAUACCUCCUGCCACCACUCCUCCUUCCCCGCUGCUGCUCAAAGGGUGCUCUUCUCACAGGGAUUCAAGCACGGUUUAGAAAAUGGCUCCUGGAGAAGCCACAGGCAAUUAAAAAUAGCCAAGAGGGCUGCCAGCCUUGAGCCAUCCAGACAAAACCGCUUCCAGCCUGGCCAAGGCUGCUGCAUCACCCCAGCUCAGCGGAGCGUGCCCCGGGAUUGGGCAUCGUGCCCGGGAUCUCCUCCUGCAGCCGGGCACCCGGCCUGGGGUACAGGGCAGCGGGCAGGUCAGGCUAUUUCCAGCCCCACGCUGCUGAUGGGGGGGACACCCCAGAGAGCCAGCAGCACACACAAGGCCUGGCCUUGGCCCAGAGGGAGGCAGAUGGAUGGAGAACAGUGACCGGGGCACGCACACACCCUUUGGCUCUGCUCCUGCUCCCACGGGGCUGCUGGGUGUGAGGCCACACUGAGCUGGCCUGGCCACCGCAGGGAAGGUGCCAGUUCUGGGCCCCAGGGUGCCACAAGAGCAGAUCUGGCAGCCCUGGUCUGCGGAGGGCAGGAAGUGUGUUUAGUAACUGUUUAUUUUACAGUUUUAGGGCGUGUAGAAAUCUGCAUUUACAGGGGUGUAUAAGUCUUUGUACAGAGUAACUGAAGCACCCUGGACUCCUCCCAGGCCCUUCUCCCCCCACUGGGGACAACACAAGAACUAAAGUGCAUCAUGGCCAGGGAAUGGAGGGGCUGCAGGGGCUCCUCCUGGGGGGCUCCAGCCAUCCCCUCCUUCAGCGUAAUGUACAGAGCAGUCCUGGGCCCUCCAGCAGCACUCCCAGGUCACCACACUCUCCAGUGGUUUCUAAAGUGCCAAGUGACCCAGCCUCCAGUCCUGCUCUGGGGGUACCAAGGGGCCAGGAAUGGGCUCUGCCUUCAGCCACACUGGGAGGAGCCCCCUGAGCAGCCCCAGGUCUCUCCAAGGCCACUGGCACCACUGAGGAGAGGAGGGAACAGGUCUUGCUGCCUGCCUGGACAAGGGCAGUUUCACUCACUCCACAUUUCACCUGCAGAGGCUCUGCUUAGAGCUUCAUGGGAACACAAGUCAGGAAUGAAAACUGCCCACCUGCCCUCUGGCCAGAAAGGCACAUCCCUUCCAUGAAGCAAGGGCCCAUGGGGCAAACCAGAACACACCCAGGGCAGUUAUGGACAAAGAAGGGUGGGAGUUGGGGGUGCUGAGCUCUCCAGGGCAUGAGUUUUCUCCUCUAUCCCAAAAUCCCUUCAACCAACACCUCCUUUUCAGGUGUGCAGCCCCUGGGCAUGGCACAGAUGGCUUUGGGCACAACAGAGCAAUGAUGGGGCAGAGGGAGGGAGCUGUGAGGGACAGGUAAGGACACUUGAGGGAGAUUUAGCAGCUUGGGGGAGAGGUAGAGGCAUAGAGUGUCUAUUGGCUCUGUCUCAGUGGGACACUGAGUUGUCUAGAAGGAUUUGCUGCUUAGCUUGGAGGGCAGGGAGCGCUGGGACUGCCAAUGGAACUCAUGGGGAAAUGGGAGCUAUGCAGGGGUCAGGGUGGCCUUUCUGGGAAAUCCCUUGUGGUAUUUCCAGAGGUGAUGUUGAAGCCUGAUCAGCCUGUGGGGGAGGUUUUUGUCACAUUUCCUAGUGCAACAACUUCUAUUCUGUGCAAAGUAUUUCACAAGGUGGAAAAAGCCUUUCUCCAUGUGGGCAUGUUAAGGUCCACUUCCAGAGCUAUUAAAGAAGUCUGCAAUGGGUGUUUACAGUGCCACUAAAACUUGUAGUAGCAUAACAGUACACACCCUCAGCAGGGUGACUGCACUCGUGCUCACCUCACUGACCCCAGAUAUGGUCACAGUACUGCCAGAGCAGCAGUGGCAGUGCCUGAGAGCUGAGGGGAGCUAAGGUCUGCUCCUGGCCCCCACAAACAGAUCAGGCUGCAAAGAUGUGGAAGCAGAAAGAGCCAGGGAGUGUUACACACUGAAGAGAAGCUCACAGCAUUGUGCUGGCCAGGGUGUGGGAAAGGUUUGGCUCUGCUCAGAGGGUGUCCACAGGACAGGGAAGAGCUGGAGCACUGGCAAAGCUGAAGGCAGAUCGUGGGGCACACUGGAGCAAUGAAGAGCCAAAGGGUUGCCCUGUUCCUCAGGAGUGCAACGCCCUUCCCCCUCACACACGCAAGCACCCAGAACAAACCCUGUUGGACACCCUCCUCCAGGCGAAGAUCUGCUCUCACUCCCACUAGUUUUCCCCAGUGGAGAGCACAGGAUCAUUUGGGCACAGCCCACACACAGCUCUCCCUCUGUACAGUCACCUGAGCACAGCCUGACCAGCCAAUUUGUCCAUACCUCUGGUUCCUCAGGAGACAGCAGGAGUGCCUGUCUGCUCACCCUGGCACAGGGAGAGGAAAACAAGGUGAGCAUGGUGUGGGGAACCGUCCUGCUGGGCUGGUUCCCUCAGUCUCUGUCACAAAGGCCAAAAGUGUUACUGGACGCAGUAAGAAUAAUAAAUAGUCUUCAGACAGGUCGUUUCUGGACAUGUCCUUCAUCACACAUCAGCCUUUCCUGCUGGGGAUGUGACAGCAAAGACCCUU